AUGGGGACAGGCCACCCAGCCCUGACCUCUCCGCUCCUGUCACCCUGCAGGUAUCGGGGCCUGACACUGGUGCUGACCUUCCUCUGCUACACGAGCUACCACCUCUCCCGAAAACCCAUCAGCAUUGUCAAGAGCCAGCUGCACCCCAAUUGCUCGGCCUUGGGCCCAAACCCCCGUAAUGACUCCAACAGCAGCACGUGGUGCAGCUGGGCACCCUUCGAUGGGGACAACUACAAGGAGCUUUUUGGGGCGCUGGAUAACGCCUUCCUGGUGGCUUACGCCAUCGGGAUGUUUAUCAGCGGCAUUUUUGGGGAGCGCCUCCCCCUGCGCUACUACCUGUCGGGGGGGAUGGUGCUGAGUGGGCUCUUCACCGCACUCUUCGGCCUCGGCUACUUCUGGGACAUCCAUGUCCUCUGGUACUUCAUCGUGAUGCAGGUUUGCAAUGGGCUGGUGCAGACGACCGGCUGGCCCUCUGUCGUGGCCUGCGUCGGGAACUGGUUUGGGAAGGGAAAGAGAGGUUUGAUCAUGGGCAUCUGGAAUUCCCACACCUCCGUCGGCAACAUCUUAGGGUCACUCAUCGCCGGCGUCUGGGUUUCCUCCGCCUGGGGCCUGUCCUUCGUCGUGCCUGGCAUCAUCAUCGCUGUCAUGGGCAUCAUCUGCUUCUUCUUCCUCGUGGAGUAUCCUGAGGACGUCGGCUGCAGCCCACCUCUGCAUCACAUGGCCUCUGAUGAGGAGGACGCUAGAGGAGUGACCACCAAUGAGAAGGAUCCCGAGGCAGUCACCUCCAAUGAGGGGCCACUGAGCAUCUCAGGGCAGAGCAGCACGGAUUGCUCUGACAGCCCCAAGGAGCCAGCCGAGGAGCCCGAAGCCAUCAGCUUCCUCGGGGCCCUCCGGAUACCCGGUGUGGUGGAGUUCUCCCUUUGCCUGCUGUUUGCCAAGCUGGUGAGCUACACCUUCCUGUACUGGCUGCCCCUCUACAUCGUGAACGUUGCUCAUUUCGGUGCCAAGGAAGCCGGGGACCUGUCGACCCUCUUUGACGUCGGGGGCAUUUUAGGGGGGAUCUUUGCUGGCCUCAUCUCUGACUACACUGGCGGCAGGGCCACCACGUGCUGCGUGAUGCUGGUCAUCGCCGCUCCCAUGGUGAGUUGCCACGUGGGGAAAAAAGCAAAAAAACAAACAGUCAUGAGGGUUUCCUCUCCUCCGGCUCUUUUGAGUCACGGCUGCCUUCCUCUUCCCGAGGAUGGGAUGAGCUGGUCACGCGCUCGGCUGAGAGAGCUGGGAUCGAACCAUGUGCCCAGAUGGUGCCGGGGUGGAUGUCCACAUCUGGAAGCUGGGAAGGGGCUCACCGGCGGGGCAAAUUACCGUCUGGCUUCAGGCGGCGGGGAGGCGCGCAAGCCUCGCCGGGCCGGAACCCACGAGUCUCUCAAAGGAAAUGCCAAAGCCCUUUCUACUGUCACAGCCAUUAUUGAUGGCACAGGAUCUAUAGGUGCCGCGCUGGGGCCACUGCUCGCAGGGCUCAUCUCCCCCACGGGCUGGAAUAACGUCUUCUACAUGUUGAUAGCUGCUGACGUCUUGGCUUGCCUGCUCCUCGCUCGUGUGGUGGUCAAAGAGGUCCGCGGGUGGUGUGGCUAUAUGGCAAGGAAGAGAGGCUCUAGUGUGCAGCUAACAGAGUCAGUGCUGGACGGGAAGUAGCUCGGUGUGAGUAUCAAUGCUUGAGCCCUGAGGAUUAAAUGCAAAUGCCAAGCCUGAUUCGCCCUGAUUUUGAGUUUUGCUUGGCAGGCUCAGCCUAGAAAUAGCCACUCUCCUGAUAAUUUAAGGGCCAAGAUCAAGAUUUGGGAAUCAAAAGGAUCAAAUCAUGAUGGCUGGGGAAGAGAGUACAGAUGGGUGGGUGGGCAGCAUGUCCUUGUCUCCAGCUGACUGACGAGAUGUCAGCCCAGAUGCCUGAUUGAUUGGUAUUGAUUAAUGCACUUGAAACGGCCCAAUUUAUAGGCUGACUUGCCCACCCGUGCUAAUGAGCUUGAUUACACAGAAUCCGGGCUCGCUAAUCAAAUCCGUGGCCAAAUCACUGCAGCGAGGGUAUAAAUAAACUCCAAAUCAGCACUAGCCUGUCUCCAGUUGCCACUGAAGCCCCACCAUGAGCACUGAGGGGGAAGGGGCCACAGACAGUCCCUGUGGUGAGGGUGCCAGAGCCUGGACCCCCCACGAACGUUUGGUCCUUUAUGUCUUGUGUUUGCAGGUGAAAGAGCAAUAGUCUGGGCCUCGCGCUGCGGUAAGUGCGGCCCAAAUCUCCUUCUCCAGCCGCCGGUGGAGGGCUGUCAGGCUCCGCUCUACUGUGUCGGGGCUGGUUGGGGCAAGGACUGUCCUGGCUGGGUUGGCACUGUCCCCAUUUGCACCAAAAUCGGGCUGUUGUGUGGUGGGGAAAGCAGCUGGCUCAGUUUUUGGAAAUUCUGCGACACCUUAGCGGGCUUUGGGGAGCACAUUAUCUCCAGAGCAGCUGGCAGAGAGCAGGCACAAAUGCUGGUUUUUUUUCUGAGGGACGUUGCAGUGACAAAAUGGUGGCUGGUUCUCCUCCUCCCGCCUGCUUCUCCUCCAGGCUUGCAGUGCAGAUGGGGCUGGAGUUUCCUGACAGAACCGUUUUUCUCCUCCCGUCUCUCCAGUGUCCCCGCCGAUUCUUCACCGUCGGCCA